GCGCAUUGUGCGCAGGCGCGAAGCACGCUCGUUCCGCUCAGGCCUCCUCGGUCGCUGGUCCCUGCGACCCACUGUCCCCGCGCAGUCAUGGCGGCGGUCAGGGCUCUGGUGGCGCCCAGGCUGGCGGCGGCCUCCGCGUUCGCGCCGCUCCAUGCACCCGUCCCGCGCGCGGCCCUACACAGCUCCGCGCCGCGGCCCCGGGCCAGGGUCGCGCUGGUGCUGUCUGGAUGCGGAGUCUACGACGGGACUGAGCUCCACGAGGCCUCAGCGGUACUGGUUCACUUGAGUCGUGGCGGGGCUGAGGUCCAGAUCUUUGCUCCUGACGUCCCUCAGAUGCACGUGAUUGACCACACCAAGGGGCAGCCUUCUGAGAGCGAGACCAGGAACGUUCUGACGGAGUCUGCAAGGAUCGCCCGCGGCAAGAUCACCGACCUGGCCCGGCUCAGCGCGGCGGAUCACGAUGCUGCCAUCUUCCCUGGAGGCUUCGGAGCCGCCAAAAACCUGAGCACCUUUGCCGUGGACGGGAAAGACUGCAGAGUCCACAAAGACGUGGAGCGCGUCCUGAAGGAGUUCCACGAGGCCAGCAAGCCUAUCGGCUUGUGCUGCAUCGCUCCCGUUCUCGCAGCCAAAGUGCUCCGCGGCGUCGAGGUCACCGUGGGCCACGAGCAGGAGGAAGGCGGCAAGUGGCCCUACGCGGGGACCGCAGAAGCCAUCAAGGCCCUGGGCGCCAAGCACUGUGUGAAGGGAGUGACCGAAGCUCACGUGGACCAGAAGAACAAGGUGGUCACGACCCCGGCCUUCAUGUGCGAGACAGCGCUCCACCACAUCCACGACGGGAUCGGGGCCAUGGUGAAGAAGGUGCUAGAACUCUGUGGGAAGUGACCGCGCCGUGAGCCCCGCCUCCUCCACCAGGUGGAGCUAGUGGCCUGGCUUCCCGUGCUGCGUGCUGCCUGCCGGGCGGCAGGAAUUCGAUUCUCUGCUUGUAUCUAUAGGCGCUUUUUGUCUGAAGAGGAACCCUUGGCUGGGGUCGG